CACCUCUCAAAACUCUAAGCUUCUCCCUCCCUCACCUCCCUUCCAUCUCUCUUUCUCUUUGUGCUUCCCCAUGCAUGCCCACACAAUCCCAUUUCCCUAGAGAUGUUGAAAAUUUUUUUGCAUUCACUCUAAAUCAUAGUAUUUUCUCAUUUGUAAUUGCCCUUUGUAAAGGGCGCGCACCCACAAGUGUGCGCACCCCUACAACUAGUCUAUGCAAUGUCGGUGGCUUAUCGUUAUAGCAACCACAAUCGUCAUCAUCAUCACCAUCAUCUCUUAAUCCUUUUCGUGUUAUUAUUACAAGUCAUUGUCCCGAUCAAAUCAGAUAAUAACGAGGCAGAAAUUCUACUUCGAUUUAGCAAGUCCUUGCAGAAAAAUGGGGCAACUAAUAAUUGGAAUACGAAAGUAUCACCUUGCGAUAAAAAGACAGAUAAACCCAAUUGGGAUAAUGUUAUUUGCGAAAACGGAUUCGUUUUCGGGUUGCAAUUGGAGAAUAAAGGCUUAAGUGGGACAAUAGAUGUGGAUGCUCUUAAAGAUUUGCCUAAUUUCAGGACCAUAAGUGUUAUGAACAAUAAUUUUGAAGGACCUAUACCGAAUUUAAGUAAACUUGCGGGGCUAAAAACGGCUUAUUUCACAAAUAACAAGUUUUCUGGCCAAAUUGACAAUAGUUUUUUUGAAGGGAUGCAUUGGUUAAAAAAACUUCAUCUUGCUAAUAAUCAAAUUAGUGGUAAAAUCCCAUCUGUUUUUGGUCAAUUGCCUAAGCUUACAGAAUUAAGACUUGAAAACAACAAAUUUGAAGGCCAAAUACCUGAUUUUACUCAAGAGAGACUUAUGGAUAUAAAUUUUGCUAACAACUCUCUUCAGGGUCCAAUUCCUCAUGGUCUUACUAGUCUCAAACCUUCAGCAUUUGAAGGUAAUAAUCUUUGUGAUGGUCCAUUAUCGAAAUGCACGAGUGAACCAAAAGUAGCUCUGUGGACAAUUAUAUUGGUGGUUAUCGCAGUUGCAGCAGCAGUAGCAGCAAUUGUUGUUGUUAUCAUCAUUCUUCGUCGGGGCAAGCAGACACCCGAAACUGAAACAAGAGCAAUACCUACACCCUCUGGAGCUGCUGCAGGGGGCGCUACUAACCAAACAGGGGCGCCCUCAGCAGCAGAUCUAAACAAAAUGGAACAGGGCAGCAAUCAAGCAAUUGCUGCUCCUGACCAGUCUCCAGAGGGGACCGCUGUACUUAAUACUAAUAAGAGGCCUGAAGUACAACAAAAACUUUUAUUCUUAAAAGACGAUAUUGAAAAAUUUGAUUUGCCAGAUCUAUUAAAGGCUUCAGCUGAAAUAUUGGGUAGCGGUGUGUUUGGUUCGACUUAUAAAGCUGCGCUAAGCAGGGGACGCGUUAUGGUUGUCAAAAGGUUUAGGCAAAUGAAUAAUGUAGGCAAGGAAGAUUUUCAUGAGCAUAUGAGAAGGAUAGGUAGGUUGAGUCAUAAGAACUUGCUUCCUGUUGUAGCUUUUUACUAUAGGAAAGAGGAAAAGCUUUUGGUCUCAGAGUAUGUCAACAAUGUCAGCCUUGCGGUUCAUCUUCAUGGUAAUAAAUCGCGGGGGCAACCAAGUCUUGAUUGGCCAACGCGAUUGAAAAUAGUAAAGGGAGUGGCCAAAGGACUAUUGUACCUCUACAACGAGCUACCAAGCUUGACAGCACCCCACGGUCACCUCAAGUCCUCGAACGUGCUUCUGAAUGAAUCCUACGAGCCCCUCCUCACGGACUAUGCAUUACUACCCGUGGUAAACCUAGAACACGCGCAAGAACACAUGAUUGCUUACAAAUCUCCUGAAUUCAAACAUAGUGGUCGUAUCACACGUAAAAAUGAUGUGUGGACGCUUGGAAUAUUGAUCCUCGAGAUGUUAACAGGCAAAUUCCCGUCUAAUUUCUUGCAACAAGGCAAGGGGAGUGACACGGAUUUGGCUACGUGGGUAAGGUCCGUGGUAAAUGAGGACAUGACGGAGGUAGAUGUAUUCGAGAAGGAUAUGAGGGGUACAACGAAUUCGGAGGGAGAAAUGAUGAAGUUAUUGAAGAUAGCUUUGGGUUGUUGUGAUCUUGAUAUGGAAAAGAGGUUUGAUAUGAAGGAAGCAAUGGAAAGGAUUGAGGAAGUAAAAGAGAGAGAUGGGGAUGAUGAUUUCUACUCUACAAGAGGAUUAUCCGAUGAUUAUACUCAGGUUUCGAUGAACAUUUAGAGAGUGUUGGUUAUACAUAUUCAUAGUUCGUGUGUAACACUUUUUUAUUUGUUCAAAUAUCAUCAUGGUAAAUAUGGGAUGGGACUUUAUUUUGUUUGAUGCAUGGUUGGGGGUCGUAUAUAUUGCUCAAUGAAACCACAAAAUAAAUAAAUAUGCAAAAAAAAAAAAAAAAAGAUAGAAAAAAUGAAAGUUAAGUGUUUUUUUGUUUUGAUUCAAUUGAAGCAAGGGAACAUGUAAAUUGUCCUUGAUGAAUCUAGUUUAGCUAGUUGCCUUCA